AUGAAGUUCUACAUGAGAAAGGACAGCUGUGUUGGUAGCAGUGGGGAGAGAGCUGGGAGGAUCAAAGAGAGAAUGAUAUUUAAUUAUAAGACUAUAGCCCACGCCAGCCCUGCCCCAGCUGAAGGCACCUGUGAGAUGGAAAGCAGCUGGGAGCCCACACCUCUCAGAGGGACCAAGAGAAAGGCAAAAGAAGAUCCUAAAGGUGACAAGGUGAAGGUGAAGGAUGAGCCACAGAGUAGAUCGGCACAGUUGUCUGCUAACCCUGCUCCUCCAAAACCAGAACCCAGGAGUAAAAAGUCUGCUGUAAAGAAAGGAGAGAAGUUGCCCAAAGGGAGAAAGGGGAAAGCAGAUGGUGGCAAGGAUGGGAGCAAUGCUGCAAAGAACCUAGAUGCUUCCACAGUCCAGUCACAGAAAGCAGAACACACUGGGAAUACCAAGUGA